AUGAUGGAAAUAAAUUCAGCAAACGACCACACUGACAAUUAUAGCAAGAAAAUCCGUGGUAUCCUUGAAGAAGACACACCUGUUGACGAAACUGACAAUUAUGGCCGUACGUUAUUACAUAAUGCAGCUCACCAAGGUGAUGAGCAAGUGGUCAAGAUGUUAUUAUCGAAAAAUGCCAAUUUGGAAGCUGUUGAUCGGAAUGGACAAACAGCACUGAAUUUAGCUGCUCGCCAAGGACACACAAGGGUUGUAGAGAUCCUGCUAAAGGCCAAUGCAAAAGUUGACCACGCUGACAAAGAUGGCUGGACAGCAUUAAGAUCAGCUGCUUGGGGAGGUCAUACUGAAGUUGUAACGUUGCUCCUGGAAGCUGACACUGAAGUAGACCACUGUGACAGUGAUGGAAGAACUGCUUUGAGGGCAGCAGCAUGGGGUGGGCAUGAAGAUAUUGUCCGUCAGUUGUUGGAACAUGGAGCUGAAGUGAACAAAGCUGAUAAUGAAGGACGUACAGCACUAAUAGCCGCUGCCUAUAUGGGACAUGUGGAAAUUGUAGAACACCUAUUGGACAAAAAUGCUAACAUUAAUCAUGAGGAUUGUGAUGGGAGAACCGCCUUAUCUGUAGCCUCGUUAUGUAUUCCAGCCAGUCAGGGGCAUGAAAAUGUGGUCAGUUUGUUACUGAUGCGAAAUGCCAAAGUAGACCACAGGGAUCACGACUCAAUGACACCACUGUUGGUUGCUGCCUAUGAAGGUCACCAUGAUGUUUGCGAAUUACUUCUUGAAUGGGAUGCAGACGUUGACCAUUCAGAUAACAACAACAGAACUCCAUUAUUAGCAGCUGCAUCAAUGGGACAUGCUAAAGUGGUACGUCAGCUAUUAUUCUGGAAUGCAGCUGUAGACACUAUUGACUCUGAGGGACGUACUGUACUUAGUAUAGCUGCUGCUCAAGGAAGUGUUGAGGUUGUCGGUCUACUUUUGGAUCGGGGCCUUGAUGAAAUGCACCGCGAUAAUGCUGGAUGGACUCCACUUCAUAUGGCAGCAUAUGAGGGACACAAAGAGAUACUCUCUCUUACUUAUUUCACUCCUUUCCAUCGAUCUAUCUAUCUAUUACAGUCUGUUCAUAUCUAUCUGUCUAUCUAUCUAUUUCUGUCUGUUCAUUCUCUAUCUCUCUAUCUAUCUAUUUCAGUUUGUUCAUUCUCUAUCUAUCUAUCUAUCUAUCUAUCUAUCUAUCUAUCUAUCUUGUUCUAUUCUUCUCUUUGUCUUUUUCUUCUCUCCCUUUCUUUUCUCUCUCUCUCUAUUUCCUUUUCUUUCAACUUCUUCACUUUUUAUCUUUUCAUUUAUUUUCUUUCUUCUUUUUUCUCUUUCUCUUUUUCCACUUCUUUAUCUCUCCCUUUUGAUUUCUUUUUCUUUCACUUCUCUUCCUUUUUCUCUCUCUCUUUUAAUUUUCUCUCUUUCCUUUUUAUCUCUUUUUCUACUUUCUUUCUCUCUCUCUCUCUUGAUUUCUCUUUCUUUCAGCUUCUUUUUUCCUUUUUCUUUUUCUUAUUUUUCUCUCCUCUUUUUCUCACCUUCCCUUUCUCUUUUUCCUCUUUUCCUCUUGAUUUCCUUUUCUUUCAGUUUCUUCCCUUUUUUCUUUUCUCUCUUUCAUAUUUUUUCUCUCACUCCCUUUUCCCUUUGUCACUUUCUCUUUUUCUCUCUCUACUCACUUUCUUUUCCUCCUUGUCUCUAUUUUCCCUUCACCUAAGAAACUAG